GGAUGUUAGGAGGACAAGUGCAAUCGCAACCAUGAUCGGCGACGCAAUCCCAUCAAGGGGCAGCGUCGUCGGCCUUCUCCAAGCCCUUCGGAAGCUGGAGGUGGGCACAAGCGGGUCAAUCAAAGACUUGCGUCAUGCCUUCGCCAUUCUGCUUUUUACACACGCAGCUACCACAACCGUCGAGGUAGACAAUGACAACGCUGCCGCUUUUGUCGUUCGCGAAUACGCUUCCUUGGCGUAUUAUCUCCGACAACACCACAGUUUGUUGCAGAUUGCUGAUGGUGUCGACGCCGUCAUUGAUCACUGUAUUCAAAGCAAAGAUGUCCAAGAUAAUGACUUCUUGUCCAUCCUACGCGUGCUUCUGGCACUGUCUGGUGGAGACUCCGGGCGUUCCUUUGCCGACACUAGACUUGGUCCUCAUGUGCUGCAGCUGCUGCUACAACAGCAUCCAUCGCAGUGCUACAACCGCCGAAUGGGCGAAUAUGUCGUGCAAUCGAACGCAGCAUUGGCAAAUACACCGCAUGCGCUGUUUCAUAUGCACGACACGGUUUCCCACCGAGAUGCGAAGGACAUGCUCGAUGCCAUGUCGGCCUUACCUGGCCACAGUGCCUUGCAGAGCGACUUUUGGCAUGAAAAGGACACAAUCAAGCCCGCCGAUCUCUUUGGAGCGUUGCAGCACAGCGCAUUCCACCGUACAGACGCGCAGCUCAUUCGAUUCGACCUCCAUUUGAGUGUGCCUCCUCUGUAUGACACUCCACCGGAUCUCGUCUCGAAUGCUCUCUCAGCGAACAAGCACCUGCCUCGGCGGCAACGAAUGCUCAGCGACACCACUGCACCAGUUCGAGUCGAAAAGCCUCGACAGGACAACCCGCGCGACUGCAACUUGCUGUUUUCCACGCACAAGACAAUCGUGGACGUCGACUUGCCAUCAUCGACCGUGUCAAAGACGCAUCCCAAAACGACGGGAGAAUCAUCACUGCUUCAAGUGUGGGAAAAUCUUGGGCCCAAAAAAGUAUAUGUGGAGAAUCGCAGCAUGCUGGGCGGAUGCUUGCAUGGCGACAACGCUCAUGCAAGCGCAAGCUCGUCUGACGUGGCGGCCGUGACGGAGGUCGCUCUCGUCGCGGGUAUCCUCGAAGUGUUACAUGGCAUCGAGUCGGCCUUCUUUCAACGGCGCGGGUUUGAUUUUUACCACACCACUGCAUCCCUACUGAGGACAACCACUCGGAUCGACGUCGCCAAUUUCGUUCAGGUGUUUGCACGAACGGGAACACUCGUUCAUCGGCUUUCUGUGCUGGCGACGCAUUUCGGCCAGCACGGCACACGCGGCGGUCGUGUGCUCCAACGGAUGGGGAAUGCGCUUCAGUAUUUUCUCGCAGGACAACACGCGUUCGUGCUGGAGCGCAAAGCGGACACAAGGACGUUGGUAAAGGUAUGGACGGCUACGUCCACGGUACGGCGGCGUCUACAGGUCGUCGCAAUGCUCUUCAUGUGCGACGACGACGACCUGUGGGUCGAGAACCAGGCUAUCAUGUCGAUGUUGCCUACUGGCGUGGGUAUGCUCAACCGGGUGUAUCAUGCAAUCGUUCGAUCUCAAUUUUGCGACCCCGCCGCGGCCGCGAUCUCCAUGUGGUUUUUCGUCCAACUGAGCGAGCCGUACUUUCAAGCGUUGACACAGUGGAUCUACCUCGGCGAGUCUACCGACGAAGACGUGGAAUUCGCCCAUGACGGCAUGUUUGACACGUUGGACUGCCUCCAGCAUGACGAGGCCCUCAUCCGCGCGAUCUCCGAAACCGGCGCAUUGCUCCGAGUGACGCGAACAGUGCAAUCGCACCUAUACUACCUCAGCUCGAGCAAGUGGGCGUCGCUUCACCUUGUGACGGAUCACGAAGGCAUCGAGCGGUACCUGGAGCAACACGCGUCCAACUUGCAAAUGUGUCGAUCUGCCGUGGAGAAAUACGCAGACGACAAGAUGCAGGCUCUUGCUGACUCGAUCUUUGCGCUCCAAAUGUCGUCGUCGCCGGUGGAGAAGUCGAUGCAAUCCAAUGCGCACGAGAAUGCUCGUGCCUACGACGGUAUGCAGCGAGAGAUGAAGCGGCUGAGGCAGCAACUCCAACGAAAGCUCCUGGACGAACAAAUUGCCGAACAGAGCGAAUUGCGAGUCCAGCAACAGGCUCAGCAACUGCUCAUGGAUCAAGAAUUGGAACGGAAACAGUCGGUCGCCGCUCAGGAAAAAGCCGACCGAGAUAAAGCGAGGCUGCUCGAAAUUUACGAAGGACUCAUGGCAGAAGCCGACCGAAAGCACCGACGAGCGUUGUGGCGCAAAGCUCGCGUGGAACGAAGCGAAAGCUUUAAAGCAGCCCUCACAAAUCUAUAUCGGGACGAAUCAUCGGCUUGGUAUGCAGCUGCUCGAAUCGAUCUCGCUCGCAACCCACAAGCAGAUCCAAUGCACCGUAAACCCACCAGUCGACAAUUGCAUCGAGGGAUCGACAGCUCCGCAACUGAGCUCCUACAACUAGACCAGACAGACCACGACAACUCCAUUCGAGUGCUCCAAGCGCCUGGCGGCAACGCGAACUCUGAGCGGCACCAGAAACACUCUGUGAGGGUGCUCAAACAACCCGGAGGCGAUAGCCACGCCCUGGAGAACUCAACCUGUUCGUUCAGCGUUGAUGGGGCGGCAAACCCCCACAGCACCUCUGUGCGAGUCUUGAAAGCGCCGGGUGGCGGUGGAAGUGACGCAGCCUGCGCCAUCUACAGCCAGGAAUCCAAGCUAGGUGUCGAGUACACGACACGCGUGACUCAGAAGCUCGGUGGGAGCGGAGCCGCGGCAAGCAAUGCGAUUUACCAUGGCGACGAGUUGGAGAAUUCAUGUAGCGCUCCCCAAGUCAGGCUCCGUCAACAACCUGGCGGCAACAGUGACGGUGCUGAAAAUGCAAUCUAUGGUGGAAAAGUCGACGGAAAUACGGAGCACAAAGUUGUGUCGUCUGUCCGCGUGAUGCAAGAACCAGGCGGGAGCGGAAGCGCAGUGUCGAGUCUGCUGUAUCCAACGGACAACGAAGCCAGUGCGGAUGCGCACGUGACCCAUAUCAAGGUUCUCCAAGAGCCUGGUGGAGAUGGAAGUAGCGCCAGCGACUUGCUCUAUGGACGAACACACGAGCACGAGCCCGCUCGACGACCAUCCGUGCGUGUCUCGCACCCUCCAGGUGGCGACGGCGAUGCGCUUGGCGACACUUUGUACGCCCAAUUUGCCAACUUGGGUGUCCACAGUCGACCCAGCGUCAAAGUAUUGGCUCCCUCUGGUGGAGGCAUCGACUCGGUGUCGAGUCUUGUAUUUCGGGUUCACGAAGACACUCCAAAGAAACAGGUCGCUGAUCCAAACAACAACAUUACGAUCGAGUGGACCGUGGCGCAGGAGGGACCGAGCCAGCCGACAAGACUCUUGGAGCAAGAUGUGUUUGCCCCCACCCAUCUCACGUCGGAUUAUGCGCACGUAUUGGAAACAUACCGGCAAUUGAUGGUCAUGGACAACACGAUGGAGUAUGCCCCCGUCGAGACACUUGUUCGAGUCAGCAUGACGGGUCCCGUUUUGAACCAGCGAGCGUUUGUUGGCACGGUGGCGCUGAACGUGCUUCGCGAGCAUGUCCACUUAAUGCAACACUUGGGAACGCUGCACGACGUGAUGUUGCUCAGUGGAGGACUGUGGGUCGACCGCUUCAUGCAAGAAUUCAUUCUGGGGCUUGACACGGCGAGUCGUGUGAACUGGGGGGUGCCAGGAGCGUUGAACGACUUGCUGGCCAACGCGCUGGACGAAGCCAAUUUCCACGUGACCGAAUCGACAGCGCUCUUUGCCUUUCGCCCGACAGACGAGUUGGAAACGAUCCUUGGAGACCCAACGAUGGCCCCUUCGCUUGACCAAGUGCUGCUGCACAUUGACCCUGUGUACGCGUUGCCGUCGGUGCUGGUAGACGUGGUCGUGUCCAAGUCGACGCUGCAGCAGUAUGCUGUGCUGCACAAACACCUCUUUCAACUCAAAGCGAUUGCGCUGUCGUUGCAAAGCGUUCGGCGGAUUCUGACGGCACACCCGACCGUCGCGACGCGGUCGGGUCACUUGAGAGCGCACGUCGACCACCACUUGUGCACGACGCUAGUUGCGCAUUCCUUUCAGUCGAUUGCAGACGAAUGGCACCGCUUCACUCGCAAGGCUGACGCUUGUCAGGACGCCGCGGCGUUCAAGCACCUGCACGACAACUAUAUCAACGCCGUCAGUACCAGAUGCUUCCUCGACAGGCCAUCCCAUGAGGUGCAGCUGGCAAUUCAAGCCUGCCUCCACCACAUCAUGCGAGGUGUCGAAUUGAUUCAAAACAACGCGACGAGGCCCGUUGCGUUGAAGCGAGUGCUUGAGCACUUGGCCACGACCACCCACGGAGAUUUUACAGACCUUUGCAGCACACUGGAGCGUGAUUCGUCCCCGGCAGCGCAGGACUUGCUACUUCAUUUGGAUUUUGAUGGUUCCUACCGAGUGGGCAACCAAGCGAUGUAAACGCCAAACGAAACAAUUCAAUUGAAGUAAAGCGGGUGAAUGUUGCGAAACGUGAGCUUGGUCAUGCACAUGGGACACUUUUUUCGCACGUGGAGGGACUCGACGAUGCAAGUUCGACAAUAAAUAUGGCCGCACGUGGUAGCUGUUGGCACUUGCACAGCAUCCAGACAUACCGCACACUCGAGUUGAAUCCGACGACCCAUGUCGAUGGGUACCACUUGGACUGCCGGUUGUGUACAUGGAUUUGCGUGACGGGCCGCGACUUGGUCGAGCACAAGUGGAGGGUCUGCGGGGAGGGUCAACGGCAUCUUGGCAGCACUCAACUGGGCUAUCACGUCGAGCUCGAAUUCGUCGAGGUCGUCGUAGUCGUUAUAGAGGUACAGGUCGCAGGCUAGCGACGUGUCCAUGCAUAUUCGCACGGGAAGAGACUGUGCCAUGAGGUAGGAUGUCGCCACGCGUCAAGUGACGGCACGGCGCUUUGCCGAGUGGGAUGGUGUCGCCCACGCAUCGCGAUCGUUCCAUCC